AUGCUCCUUCGUCGUUAUUCUUACUUUUUGUUACAAGUUGGACUAGCUUCUUACCUCUUGGGCUCCUUAUUUUAUUACUUUGGCCGUAAAACAUCAGUCUAUAAGAAUGCUAUCACUUCUAUUGCCAAUGCCACCUACUGGGAGUUAAAGACUACUGCAUCAACCGAGUCCUAUACGGUGGGCCCACCCUAUGUAUCAAACGGAAUAACGGUUACUUUGCCACCUGCAUCUAAUACAACCGAGCGUCAAAAGGCGGCAUUCAUUGUACUCGUACGUAACUCUGAACUUCAGGGCAUGCUGGAUUCGAUGAAAGAUGUUGAGGACAGAUUUAAUCAUAAAUUCAAUUAUCCGUGGAUAUUCUUAAACGAGGAACAGUUUACAGAAGAGUUUAUAAAAUCUACUACAAAAGUAGCGUCAAGCAAAACCCAUUACGGAUUCGUGAACGAGUCAAUGUGGAGUUAUCCCGAUUGGAUCGAUCAAAAGAAGGCCGCAAUGUGUCGAGAAGAACUAUCCUAUGUACCCUACGGAACAAGUGAAAGCUACAGGCAUAUGUGUCGAUUCCAAAGUGGGUUCUUUUGGAGGCAUCCGCUUGUGCUGAGUCUUGAUUUAGAAUAUUAUUGGAGAGUUGAGCCUGAUGUGCGAUACUAUUGUGAUCUAGACUAUGACCCUUUCCUUUAUAUGAAGAAGCAUAAUAAGAAAUAUGCCUUUAAUAUUUCUUUCAAGGAACAUUCGGGGACCAUAGCUUCUCUUUGGGAAACCAUUAGAAGUUUUGUUAGAGAUUCGACAAGGCAAGGCAAGAAUUAUUUUCCUAAUUAUGCUACCAACAGUCUCUAUCGUUUUGUAACGGAUGAAGAAGGAAGUGAAUACAAUCUGUGUCAUUUUUGGACAAACUUUGAAAUUGCACGACUUGAUCUAUGGCAUACAGAAGCUUAUCAGGCGUUAUUUGAGUAUCUUGAUAAGGUCGGAGGAUUCUUUUACGAAAGAUGGGGUGAUGCACCUAUUCAUUCUAUCUUUGCUGCUCUUUACCUUAAAAAGGACGAGAUUCAUUUCUUUAACGACAUUGGAUAUAAACACAGCAUAUACGAACAUUGUCCAGAACAAGAAAACCUUUUACGCCGAUGUUCAUGCGAUCCCAAACACACACUUGGUAAGCAUAUAUAUAGGGAUAUAUAUUCUAGAGCAACUCAUUGUAAUAAUUUGAUAGAUUUCACUGAUCCUAUGAGCUGCAUGUAUGAGUACGUUGCUGCUCAACACUAUUCUUCUCUGGAAAAUAAGCAAACUGUCAAUCAAAUACUUGCAUCAUAG